AUUGGAAGUCAUAUUCCGUCGACGUCUCUCAAUGAUAUGAAGAAUGUUGCGCUUAUUAAUAAUACUCACCAUUGCAAGCUUUGCAGUAGCAGCUUCGACAGAGAGAUCGAUUGAGAAACGAUCAUCAAAGUAUGAGUUCGUGAAUGAGGCAGUGACUUGGGUCGAUGCUAAAGCUGCUUGUGAAGCCAAGAAUAAAAAGCUUGCAGAAAUCCGCUCACAGGCAGAUGAAGAUGAAGCAGUAGCAGCAGUUGGCGGAGGAGGAGCAGCAUUUUGGAUUGGUCUGGUGGAUUUAGACGGCGAUUUAAUUUUUGAAUAUGCAACUGGUGGGAGCCUGACUUUCACGAGUUGGAAUACAGCUCCGUUUCAGGGUGGUGGCCAAUGUGUAGUGGAUUUCUCUGGUCUCUGGCGUAAUUCUCUUUGUAAUGAUACUAGAAUGAUGAUGCCAUUUAUAUGUGAGCCCGAUCCACAAGUAACAGGUGAUCCACAUUUGACAACAUUUGACGGUCGUCCAUUUAGUUUUCAAGGCAUAUGCUGGCAUACUCUGUUUAAAGACUGCUCGACAAAUCCUGCAUUUGAAGUAACAGCUGAGUUUGAGCCUAGGGAGGACAGUACGUUGGAACAUGUCAGAACGCGGACUGUUUCUGUUAAUGUAACUGUUGGAGAUGACUUUGCUAUCAUUAACGGACUGGAUGUCGUUACUGGUACAACUGAUGGACAUGUGACUGCCGCAAGACCAAUACACGUUCAGGAAGACGAUAAGACAGUCACACUGACCUUCAUUUCUAAGGAUACCACAUUCACUUUGUCCUGGACCUUGAAGAAGCACAGCUUACGAGUAUCUACCUCUGGAUCUGACUACCGUGGUCAUCUCUGUGGUCUUCUUGGUAAUGAUGAUGGUGACACUCUUAAUGACUUCACAAAACCUGAUGGUGCAGUAGUCCAUGAUGCUGCUGAGUUUGGAGAAAGCUGGCGAGUUGAGUGGAAAAAAUGUGACUAACGCUUAAGUGGAAGCUGGCAUGACGACAACUAUACAACGUUUCGUGUCAAUAUGUUUAUGGCUAUACAUUUCAUCGCAUUUAGUUUAAUUCGGUUAUGUUUUCUAAAUGUUGCGCUUGCCACAUUUACAGAAAAUAAGAGUAUUACAAUGCUUAGUGGGCGUAUUCAACAUAAAUUUGGAAAUAAACGGUGAUAAUAUGGGUA